AGAAAGUCUGCGAACCCAACCCGUGAACUAUCAUAAUUCCACAGAAAAGAAAUGGACGUCAACAAUGACCCUGCAUCAAAAACCGAGCAAAGUCUCCCACCGACCGAGACCGAGACUUCGCAAACCUCAUCACCUUCCCCAGCCAAUAACGACAACAACGAAAAGAACAACGAGAACACUCAGGAGCCAGCCGCGCAGACCUCUCCCACCCGACCCACCUCAACUCAAAAGAAAAUAGAUUUUUGGGUAACGCACGACGAAUACCAAGCCCGUCAAAAGCAGCUCGCCAGCUCAGGCAAUGACCUAAACACUCAGCUAGCACGGCGUAAAAGAAAGGUUCGAUAGCCAGCCCUGGCCUGAGCGAAACAUGAAACGUGGGUAGGAAGUAAUAUAUCUGAGGGAACGUGCUG